AUGGCCACAGGAAGCAACGCCGACACGGUCAGUCUUGGAUCCCGAGGCAUCGGCCGCACGAUCGCCUCACACCUCUGCUCCCUCGGCGCUCGGGUCGUCAUCAACUACGCCUCCAGCUCGGCCCAAGCCGAUGCCGUUGCGGCCGAGCUCAACUCGUCUGACUCCGAUCCGUCUGUACCUCCACGCGCUACCGCCGUCAAAGCCGACAUCUCCGAGCCUGAUCAGGUCAAGCACCUCUUCGACGAGGCUGAGCGCGCAUUCGGGUCACCGGCCCACAUCUUUGUCAACUGUGCCGGUGUCGCGGACCCCAAAUACCCCAGCCUCGCCGACACAACGGUGGAGGACUGGGACUCGACCUUCAAGGUCAACGCACGGGGUGCGUUCCUCAGGUGCCGGGAGGCUGCGAACCGGCUGAGGUGCGGCGGAGGGGGGAGGAUCGUGAUGGUGACAACAUCGCUUGUCGGGGGCCUGCUCCCCGGGUACUCAGCCUACACGGCAUCGAAGGCGGCGGUGGAGACGAUGACGAAAAUCGCGGCGAAGGAGCUGAAGGGGACAGGGAUCACGGCCAACUGCGUCGCACCGGGACCCGUAGCGACAGAGCUGUUCUUCGCCGGGACGACGGAGGAGAUGGUGAAGAGGGUGGUGGAUGCGUGUCCGCUGGGGCGGCUCGGGGAGGGGAAGGACGUGGCGGAGGUGGUGGGGUUCUUGGCGAGCGAUGCCGGAGAGUGGGUCAACGGUCAGGUGAUUAGAGUCAACGGGGGAUUCGUCAUUUGAUUCUGUUAAGGGCUAGGUGACCUUUUUGAUGAAAUGCGAUUUUGCUC